CUCAUAUUAUUCCACCCCUCAUAUAUAGAACCAAUUUCAGAGUCAAGAGAAAGGAUACAACAGAUUACCUCCAUUCACCACUGUGCUUCCAACGCCGGCAAGUGAUCUGAGAAGGAAUUGGCUGCUGUAACAAACUACGAUGCCAAGUGAAGAAACUGGUGAUCAAGGCACGCCACAAGUGAAUCCUGGAGAGUGGUUGAACUUGAGCCUCGGAGGGGAACCACCACGAGCAUCCAGAGAAUCUGAGGUACAAUCAAGACUGGCUUCAGCCAAGGUUUUCUCUUGCAACUUCUGCAUGCGAAAAUUCUACAGCUCACAAGCAUUGGGUGGACACCAGAAUGCUCACAAACGGGAAAGAGGCGCAGUACGGCAUUACCAGUCACACAAAAUGAUGGCGAUGAUGGCCCUGCCCGUGCCUAUCCGCACUUCCAUGUUCAGAUCACUAGGGGUCCAAGCCCAUUCCCUUGUGCACAAACCUGGCAGAGAUGGAAAUACGACUGUAGCCAGAUUUAGUGAGGCUGACACAAGAUUUGGAAUAGCAAGGCAGCAUGGCACAGUGGAAGGGGCAGCAGAUUCUAUGUGGCCUGGAAGUUUCCGACCGGAACCCCAACAACCAGAGCAGAAAUCAUCCAACUCAACAACUAUGCUCGACUUAAAUCUCAAACUUUAAAGCUUCUGUUUCUGUUAGGGCAAAUAUUUUCUAGAUUUUAUUGUAAGUUUGUAACCUAUGUUUUCAAGAGAGUUGCCAGAAGAUAAGGCUUACUACUUGAAGCUCAAUGCAUCAUUACAAAAGUUAUUACUUUUAGUUUCCUGCUGAAAAAGAACUUUUAACUCUUUA